AUGCCGCUCUGCAAGGAUGCAACUGGCUGCCUGUUCACAGGGACUGCGGCUAGCGUGUCUGUACAGGAUGGGCCCAAGGACUCGAGUGGGGUGGUCUGUACUCCCGGAGGCACGUGGGACGACCUGCCCUGCUCCCUGCCACCACCGCCAGCCAGCCACCGUCACCGCUGCCGGUACAACCCCGCCCUGUCUGACAGGGUCAAGAGCAGCCGGGAUCGGGAUCGGGAGCGGGAGCGGGAGCGGGAGUGGGUCGGGGUCGGGGUCUGCGCGGCAGCCGGGCGAGCCGAGGGGGCCUCCGCGCCCAGGUCGGCCGCCCCGGAGUUACGAGUUACGAGGCCGCCGGAAGUGCUCAACGACGACACAAGGAGUGACUCCAAGUUCGCAUACGCCGGAAGUGAACUACGCACCAUCGCUGAGAAGGUGGACACCGUGAGAAUCGUUCACAUUCAUUCGGUCAUCAUCUUGCGACGCUCCGACAAGAGGAAGGAUCGGGUGGAGAUCUCUCCCGAGCAGCUGUCUGCAGCCUCCACGGAGGCGGAGAGGUUGGCAGAGCUGACAGGCCGGCCCAUGAGGGUGGUGGGCUGGUACCACUCCCACCCGCACAUCACUGUGUGGCCCUCCCACGUCGAUGUUCGCACACAAGCCAUGUACCAAAUGAUGGAUCAAGGCUUUGUGGGGCUUAUUUUUUCGUGUUUCAUAGAAGACAAAAACACAAAGACUGGCCGGGUGCUGUACACUUGUUUUCAGUCUGUCCAGGCCCAGAAGAGCUCAGAGUACGAGAGAAUUGAGAUCCCCAUCCACAUCGUGCCUCACGUCAGCAUCGGCAAGGUGUGCCUGGAGUCGGCCGUGGAGCUGCCCAAGAUCCUGUGCCAGGAGGAGCAGGAUGCCUACAGACGGAUCCACAGCCUUACGCAUCUGGACUCGGUGACCAAGAUACAUAAUGGCUCAGUGUUUACCAAGAACCUGUGCAGCCAGAUGUCGGCGGUCAGCGGGCCUCUCCUGCAGUGGUUGGAGGACAGACUGGAGCAAAACCAGCAGCACUUGCAGGAGUUGCAACAAGAAAAGGAAGAGCUUCUGCAAGAACUUUCCUCUCUAGAGUAACGCAGCAGACAGGACGGAUUACUGCUUGUGGAGUUUCAAAGUAUCGCCCGGAACCACCUGCAUUGAAUCACUUGGGGGUCAAACUUCUUAUCUGGGAGUGGGAACCUGAAGUCUUCAUGAAUGCCCAACCGAUGCCAACUUUGCCAGCCACUCUCUGGGCAGGCGGAAAGGCACCCUCUCCUCCCUCGUUUCCAACAGUUCUCAUGUAAAGUUCCUUAAGCUCACUCAAUUCUGAAGAAGAGACACCUGCCCUGGCUGCAGUCAUGACAGUGACCUCGGCAGAGGCGCAGAAGGGCAGAGGCAGGAGGCCUGACCUGGGGGUGCCGGGUGAAAAGUCAGGUUCCACCUAAACGUCAUAUCUUACAGAAAAAUUACUCAGAAUGUAUCAUGGACGUGAAUGUGAUGUCCAUGGAUAUUCUAGAGAAAUUCACAGCGGUAUCCUCAGAAUCUUGGGCAACAAGCUCUUGGCCUUCAUUCCAGAAGCACAAUCUUAAAGCGAAAAGGGUCAUAGAUUUGAGUUCAUGAAAUCAAAGACUUGUCCUCUGCAAUGAUUUUCAGAAAACAGCUAUGAAUCGACAGAAGUCACUUGUAGACCAUGGAUCUCAUCAGUCAGCGGUGAAAGGAAGCGAUCUAGUUCGAAGGGACAUGAGCAGGCAUUUCACUGGCCACGUGGCAGGAUGCCCGAAGCAAACAUCUGGGGGGACACUCUUGCUACCCGCGAACACGCUGUCUCGCGCGGGGCUGGGAGGCGUGUGAGUGGCGCCGAUCGAAGUGCCUCGUCAGGUGCAGUGAGCGCUUCCACCCACCCGGCAGUGGCUCCCCUGGACACAUCCCGAGAAAUGGCACAAAUGCCGGGCUGUCAGCAGCUUCCCUGCAGGGAGGGGCCUGGAGCACGAUGCACGCGUCGUGGACGGGCACUUGGCCACGUCCGGCUGCGUUGAGGUGGCGUUCCCGAAGUGGCCAACGCAUGGGCGUGAGCACAUUAGCGGGGGGGCGGGGGGGGAGCGGGGGGGGCAGCUGUGCCUCGUGCACACCCUGAAACUCAAUAAAGCCUGGUUCAGCGUCACCUCCGUCAGUGCGCCGGGAGACUGGGGGAGGGGAGGGGAUCAGAAAAGGACCAGGAGGGCAAAUCUGGGAGACUGCAUCAAAAUAGUGAGGGUAAAGGAUUUGACCCUUUCGAUAAUGUAAAAGUCAGAGUCCACAGAGCUAAAGGUUAGGACCGACAGAGGAAGCUCUUCCCGCAGGGGCU